CGAAGCUCAUCUUUUUUUAAAGCGGGGGGGAGCUCUGUUUCGUACCGCCUCAAUCGCGACCAUUCCCUUUUUUGCGUCUGCUGCUGAUGAUGAUUGCGGCGUCUUUAUGGAACAAUGAUUCCGCUCCCUCCCCGUCUGUCUCACUGCCACACCCCGUCCUCCUUCGUGCGCCCUGCCUUUUUCUUUCCUCCUUUUUCUUCUCUCUUUUUGGCGCAAUGAUGCUUUUUGGCUUUCGAGUUCAAAUCGGCUCUUGGGUUUUCUUUUUCGGGCUUUAACUAGUUCGGUAAUUUGGCGCUUCUGGGCUCGAGGAAUGAUGAAUUUCGGGUGAGUUCGUUCACAAUUAUAGACGGGCUGAUCGGUUUGGUUCUGGCGAAUUUUGGCGCCGGGCGUGUUUUAAAGUGGCAGACAGAUUGUCUGUGCAGGGGCACAUCAGUGAAACAUGAUAGCGAUGGUCCGUGCGACAUGCGGAAUUUCGCUCUGUGAUCGCCAGUCACAGGUCGCUAUACUGUUCGCAUUUACUCGGGGGCCACGAUUUGUUUUUGAAUGAGCUUGGCUUUACUCUGUUCUGAAGAUAAAAAGCUCAAUUCUUUCUCCGUGCUCGGUCACCUACUCCGCAGCAGCGUAGCUUUCGUAUUUGAGGGGUCAGAAUUCGUGGUUUUUUUUUAUCGGUGCGGACCGGGUUGCAAUCUAAACCUGGAAAUUGAAUUCGAAGGAGAGCGAGCUUGCUGGCAAGAUGUAUAGUUCUCAGAACAGGAAGGUGCACAACUUUGAGAAACAGUUUCCGGGGUGCCUCGGAAGGGUGGUGAAUCUUUUCGAUUUAAGUGCAGGAGUGACUAGCAACAGGCUACUCACGGAUAAACCGCAUCCGUAUGGUUCCUCAAUCUCAAGGAGUUUAUCAGAUAUGGCAACAAUGUUGGCUCCUACAUUUGGGGAUCAAACAGAGGAAAAAGGGAUAGUGUUGAACUCACGUAGAAUUUCAUCCAGCCGGAAUUCAAUGGGUACACCCAUGAAGAUGUUAAUAGCAGAAGAAAUGUCAAAGGAAGUUGGAUCUAAACAUUGCCCUCCUAAUGUGAUUGCCAAGUUGAUGGGGCUUGAUGCCCUUCCUGAGCAGCAGCCUCACUCUGUUAAUCGCAGAAGCCAAUCAGAAGGUUCUAUACAGCACAGGUUGGAAAAUUUGGAAAUAACGGCUGAAUAUUGGCAAAGAGACCGUGGUUUCUUGGACAAACAGUUGCAACACGAAGUUCUUAAAUAUGAAGAAACUGAUUACAAAGAUUUUUACGAGUUGUCACCGCAGUCUAAGAAAAACUCUGUGAGUGGAAAACAGCAACAGAAGGGAAGGUAUAGAGAUUGUACGAAUGAGAAGAAGAUGGCUAUUGUUCGUCAGAACUUCAAGGAACUAAAACGUCUAGCUACAGAUGAAAAUCUGUGGGAGUCCAAGGAAUUCCACAAUGCAUUGGAAGUCUUGAGUUCGAGUUCCAAUAAGGAUUUAUUCUACAAAUGCCUUUCUAACCAUCUUGAUGAGCUUCAGCAUAUUUCUAUGCCUCUUGAAACAAAGCGAAUUACCAUUCUUAGGCCCUCGAAUAUGAUUGAUGAUGAUAAAUUUUCAAUGCCAAGGAAGAAGAAUGAAAAUCCAACUAAGAUACGAACUCUGGUCCCUGAACAGGGCAGAUGGGAUAAAAACAAGUCCAGCAACUCAUCCACAUACGCUUGUCAGAAUGUGAAUGACUGUCCCAGUCAACCAACUCGUAUAGUGGUACUAAAGCCCAGCGCUGUGAAGGCUCACGAUCUAAAAGCUGUGGUUUCACCAACCUCUGGGAUACGGAGAAUAGUAAGUGAUGAAAAUACUAUUGAAGAAGCUGAAGAUGAUGGUGUUCGAGAAUCAGGAGAAGUGGUGAAGGAGCUUCCUGGUCAAACGCAUGAAAAUUUGGCUGGUCACAGGAGGGAUGAAACUCUGUUAUCUUCUGUUUUAUCUAAUGGCUAUAUUGGUGAUGACAGUUCAUUCCAUAGAUCGGAGAACGAAUACGCAGGUGGAAAUCUCAGUGAUUCGGAAGUUAUGUCACCAGCUUCUAGACACUCAUGGGAUUAUAUUAACAGGGUUGGUAGCCCAUACUCGUCCUUCAGCCGAGCAUCCUAUUCUCCAGAAUCAUCGGUUUGCAGAGAGGCAAAAAAACGGCUGUCAGAGAGGUGGGCCAUGAUGACGUCUAAUCAGAAUUCUCAAGACCAAAGACAUGUUCGUAAGGGAUCCAGCACACUGGGUGAAAUGCUUGCUCUUUCAGACACAAAGAAGUCAGUCAGACGUGAGGAAAAUGGCAGCAAAAAAGAGCAAGAACAAGUGGGAUCGAGCUCAUCUUUAAGUAGUAACUUAAAUAAAGAAGAAUCGGUUGUUGUCUCACCAAAAAUCUUUCAAGGUCAAAGUCCGUUCCUGUAUCUUCAACGCUAUAUGGUAACAGGCUUAGUCCAGAAAUGCUUGAUCCCCAAGUUGGCAAGCCCAGUUCCUAAGCAACCGAUCAAGAAGAGUGUGGGGUCAUCAUUGAAGGGGAAAGUUUCAAGUCUCUUCUUCUCAAAAAACAAAAAAUCAAGUAAAGGAAAAUCCAAUGUGUCUCAAUCUAAAGAUGACGGUCAAUGUCCUGAUGCUGAAAUGCCAGGCUGCUCCACAUAUCAACAUGAACAGAUUAAUGUUGAUUCUUCUAAAUGUGUUGAGGGUAAGAUCAGGGAAGAGUGCUCGUCUCCUCCUCAACAUGGAUCAGUGAGCACAACUUCACUGGGUUCUGUCAACAUAGCACAAGAACAAGGAGUGUAUUCGCAGGAGGGAUCAAUGCCUAUGGUGUCGAGGAAUUUGAAUUGUAUUCAGGAGCAGCCAAGUCCAAUUUCAGUUUUGGAACCAUCCUUUGAAGACGAUGACAACCCAACUCCAGAAUAUUUUGGAAAACAACCACUUGGUCAUUCGCUCAAGUCUAACUUGAUUGACAAGUCACCACCAAUAGAAUCCAUUGCCCGGACACUCUCAUGGGAUGAUUCCUGUUUUGAAAGAUCUGCUUCAUAUUCAAUAAGAUCCCCCAUGGUUUGCUCUAAUGUGGAGGAAGAACUGGAUUGGCUUGUUUUUGUCAGAACGGUUCUGUCAGCAGCCGGCUUUGACAGUGAAGUGCAACCAGAAACCUUUUUUUCUAGGUGGCAUACGCCUGAAAGCCCACUGGAUCCAUCUUUGCGAGAAAAAUUUGCUAACACAAAGGAUGUUAAGGAACCGAUGCCUGAGGCGAGGCGGAGGCAAAGAAGAUCAGAGCGGAAGCUUGUUUUCGACUGUGUGAAUGAAGCGCUGAUUGAUUCCACAGGUUACGGGCCAAGUUUGGGCCCAAUCAGCUGGCCAGGCUGCAAGGCCCCAGAUGGGACACCAGAGCAGACAUUAUCCAUAUCGGUGGACCGUGUGUGGGCUCGAAUGACGGAAUGGUUUCCCGAUGAGGUUAGGUGCGUUUCAAGAGGUGAUGGGGGCAGCAGCAGCCUGGUGGUGGAGAGAGUGGUGAGAAAUGAGGUGGUUGGGAAAGGGUGGAUUGAACAGUUGAGUUUGGAAAUGCAUAGCCUGAGGAAGGAUAUAGAAUGGACGUUGCUCGACGAGCUUGUGGAUGAGGCUGUUGUUGAGUUGACAGGUAGACUGUCGUGAGCUCUUCUUCUUCGUUUUUCCUUCUCUGUGUAUAUCGUUACUCUAUUAUCUGUGCAUUCUGGUGGGUGGUGAUAACCAACAGAAAAUGUCCCCUGUCGUUUUCAUUAAUUAAAGCUGCAAAUGUUUCAGUAAGCAUUAAUUUUUUUUUCUUCCC